AUGGCCGUUAUUAAUAACGCCGCUGUGCUGUCGGCAGCCAGGGGCCUGUGUCGCGUACCCACACAUCGGCGCUCGAGCUUGGCAAGAUGCCCAAACCUCUCGCUGUUAUCAACGGUCGGAAUGAGAAAUUUCGCGUACCUACUGGUGCCACUCCUGGCGUUGGUGUCCACGGCGCGGUCGGAUGCAAAGACGGGGAAGGAGGCUGAAAAUGCAGGGAAUUUUAUGGAGGAUGAGCAAUGGUUGUCAACCAUCUCACAAUACAGUCGCAAGAUUAAACACUGGAAUCGCUUCAGAGACGAAGUGGAGGAUGACUACAUUCGCACAGUAGAGGACAGCCAAGGCUCCGAGGAAAGUCUUGACACCACCAAGGACCCCUGUCAGAAGGUGAAGUGUAGCCGCAACAAGGUGUGCGUUGCCCAGGGUUACCAGCGCGCCAUGUGCAUCAACCGCAAGAAACUGGAGCACAGGAUCCGGCAGCCUGGUGCCCAGCUGCAUGAGAAGGAGCGGAGCUGUAAGACGUGUCCCAUCGCCAGCGCUGUACCCGUAUGUGGAUCAGACGGACACAACUAUGCCUCUAAGUGUAAGCUGGAGCAGCAGGGGUGUCUAACGGGUAAGGAGUUGUCGGUCAGGUGUGAGGGUCUGUGUCCCUGCACCACGCCAGCCAGCCACAUCACCAGCGCCGAGAUACACGAGAGCUGUACGGGUCAGGACUUGGCUGACCUGGGUGACCGCCUGAGGGACUGGUUCCAGCUUCUCCAUGGCAACGCCAAGCAGAACAACUCAGGCAAGCCGGGCCCUGGCACUUCCUCCGUGCUGGACAGGACUCUGGUGGCCACCUGCAAGGACUCCAUUGGCUGGAUGUUCUCCAAGCUGGACACCAACGGCGAUCUGUACCUGGACCAGGCGGAGCUGGCCGCCAUCAACCUGGACAAGUACGAGGUCUGCAUCCGGCCCUUCUUCAACUCCUGCGACUCCUACAAGGACGGCAAGGUGUCCACGGCCGAGUGGUGCCUCUGCUUCUGGAGAGAGAAGCCUCCGUGCUUGGCUGAGCUGGAGAGGAUGCAGGUGCAGGAGCCGGCCAAGAAGAGACUCGGAGCCUACAUCCCCAGCUGUGAUGAAGAUGGCUACUACCGCAAGCUUCAGUGUGACCAGGGCAGGGGAGAGUGCUGGUGCGUGGACCCUCACGGAGGCGAGCUGAUGGGCUCCAGGAUCCAUGGCAACCCAGACUGCGACGAGGUGGCGGGCUACUCCGGUGACUUUGGGAGCGGCGUGGGCUGGGACGAUGAGGAGGAGAAGGAGGCAGAGGAGGCCGGAGAGGAGGCGGAGGAGGAGGAAGAGGAGGAGCGGGUGGAGGCGGACGAUGGAGGAUACAUCUGGUAG